AAUCGCAAAGACAAGGAAUGUCUCCGUUUAAAUGUGUUCAUAUGAACAUCCGGUGCUGAACGAUGUAACUGAAGGAGAGCUGGUCUGUGGAGCUGAAACACAGAGCUUCAGACAUUCAUCGACGUGAAUGCGAGACAUCCACAUCCAGCCAGCGUGGAGAGGAUGAGGAGGGUCUUCAUGCCCACAUCGAUGCUCCUACUGAGCUGUUUCGGGGUGUCGUGGGUCUUGGCUGACAGUUUGGCUGCUCCGGUGAACGUGUCCAUCAGAGAUUUAAAGGGCAGCUCAGCUGUGGUGACAUGGGACACCCCGGACGGAGAGCCAGUCAUCGGCUUUGCCAUCACACAACAGAAAAAAGACGUUCGCAUGCUGCGCUUUAUCCAAGAAGUGAACACUACCACGAGGAGCUGUGCAUUGUGGGAUCUGGAGGCAGAUACGGACUAUAUUGUGCAUGUUCAGUCUAUCAGUAUAAGCGGACCGAGUCCCCUCAGUGAGCCGCUGCAUUUCAAAACCCCCAAAGAAGCAGAAACACAAGCCUCUAAAAGCAAAGACGAAGUCACCAUGGAGGAAGUUGGGCAGAACGCUCAGCUCAGGGCAGGAGAGAUCAUCAUCAUUGUGGUGGUUCUGAUCAUGUGGGCAGGUGUGAUCGCGCUCUUCUGCCGCCAGUACGACAUCAUCAAAGACAACGAGCCAAACAAUAACAAGGACAAAGCCAAGAACUCAUCUGAAUGCAGUACCCCGGAGCAUCCAUCAGGGGGUCUGCUGCGCAGUAAGGUAUAACCACCAUCCAAUGAGAGCCAGACCACACUGGACAGUUCCCCAAGAACAACAACAACAACAGAACGCCAUCUGUGAACAUUAUCAAAGUGUGACAGGAAUUGUUAUGAGUUUCAAAGGAUUCUG